AUGACCACCCAACAGGACGUGCAAGAGCUGCUGCGCCUGCUCGUCGGCGCCAGGAAGCUGCCCAUGCUCCAAGCAAUGUCCCACGUCAAGGCUUUGCAGACGGUCGGGCUCAAGAGCAUCCAGCAGGUCGCCGAGGCUCCGCUCCCCGAUGUGGAGCGAGCCGUUCCGGACGCAAAGGCCGCCCGGUCGCUGCACAACGCGUGCAAAGCCGCCGUCAAGCGGGGCGACGCUGGUGCCGGGGGAGCCGACGCGGCAGGCGGCAAGCGCCCGGCUUCUGGGGCCGGCGGCGGGGGCGGUGUGAGCAGCAAGCGGGCGCGCCCUGGCGGCUCCAGAUCCAGCCUAGGGGAGGAGGGGGGCCUCUUCGGCAUGCCGGAGCAGAUGACGCCGGACGAGCUCGAGACGUCGCUGGCGCUGCCGGCCGACACGGACGAGGCGCGCAUCGCGUCGGCCGCGCUCGAGACCAACCGGGCGCCGCUGGUGCUGGCCUUCGCCGUCGAGCUGCUGCGCUACACGAUGCCCGAGCAGCCGCCGAGCAGCCGCCUCAGCAUGGCGCAGGCCGUGGUCGCGGCCAACUCGCGCUACAAGGCCCACAGCCUCGGGAUCGAGAGUGCGACGCCGGCCGAGCGGGAGGGCUGGGGCGAAGGCCAGCCCAAGGUCCGUGUCAUGGGUCGCGAGAUUCAUGUUUUGAAACGCGGUGGCUAUACGUGGAAUGGGGAGGAAAGUAUUGCCGAUUCGUCCGCCGGGGCUGAGGACGCCGGCGACGCCGCGCCCCACACCGACCCAAGUCAGAGCCAGACCCAGCUGUUGGGCACACCUCGGGCGACCCCCCAGCAGCGACAGCUGCUUGCGUGGUCUACGAGUCAGUCCAUCUCGCUCAAGGACUCGACUUUCAUUGCCAGGGCCACACACAUGCCGGACCCGGCAGAGCGAAAGAAACUCGUAUCGUCUCUGAUGGCCCAGUACCCCCAUCUCAAAACCGCAACACACAAUGCCUGGGCCUACCGGGCGAGGCCCCCAGGCUCCAGCAGGGUUGUAGAGGAGAAGUUCGACGAUGGCGAGACUGGCUGCGGCGCCUUGAUUCUACAGAUGCUGCGUGAUGCCGACGUUAUCGACACCUUGGUAGUAUUGACGAGGUGGUUCGGUGGCAAGUUUCUCGGUCCAGACCGGUUCAGGCUCAUGCGAAAUUGCGUUGGGGGCGCGCUUUCGGAACGCAUGAGGCUGACGGGCACCAACGCAGGCCUGGGCGGCGAGGCUGUCUGGGGCCUAGACGUCGAGGCCAUGAGGUCCAAAUCAACAGUCAGGGGCGCCGGGCCUCCUGCCAGACACCACGAGACCACGGUGGUGGGCAUGCAGAUCCACCGACCCGAGUCGGCGAGAAACUAUCUAUUGCGGAGCUUUGCCACGGCGGAACCGCCCACGACGGAUCUCGGCACCGAUGCCAAGGAGGAGAACAAGACCGAGGGCGGGGCUGUAUCUGGCGGUGGCAAAAAGACGGCAGGGGCAAAAAAGAAGACUCAAAAGGAAAUUAACCUGGAGAAGGAGGAGAAUUUGGGCUUGCUGCUCGGGGCCUUGAGACUCCUCUACGAUAGCUGGGCCGACCACCUCACCGUCGCGGAUCUAGACCAACGGGCAUGGGACUGGUAUACUUCGGUUCGCCCGAGUGUCGACUCGGGUCCUUCGGGUUGGGGAGCCAAAGGCACGCUGGAGCUGCAGAAGAUACUCAACCUGCGGAGGAAGGCUUAA